CUUAUGCCGUAGAUAUUCAUCGCAAGGCUAUGGAGUUCACGGAUUUUUUAAUAUCAAAUUUUGAGGGAUCAUUCUUCUUCUUGAUAGCAAUCGGCGUGACUUGUCUUAGCCUUAAUCUUUUUCGGCUUGCGUCAUAUAGUGAUGAAAUUGAUAAACUUCUUAUACCUUUUAUAAUAAUAAACAUCCUCUACGUGUACUUGUUCUUAGCCAACCAUACUGCGCAAGAAAUUACGGAUCACAACGAAUAUCUAUUUGCCACAGUAUACAACGUUCAGUGGUACACAGCUCCGUUACAUAUACAGAAAAUAAUAUUGUUUCUACUGCAAAAAGGCACGAAACCUUUUUAUAUAAAUCUCGGUGGAAUAUUUGUGGCGUCUCUAGAAAGUGCGGCUAUGGUAAGAAACAUGUAUCACAUGUUGUAUUUUAUACUGAUGAGUACUUCAAUAUCCUAUUUUACUGUUCUCUAUUCUACGAGGGAGAAUUAAGAGUAUGAAUUAAUGACGAUAAAAUAAAAUUAGUUUUAAUUUGGAAGCGAGAGAAUGAAAAGGGGACGGUGAAGUUGUUUGAAAUAAAUAUUGGGACUAUUUUGAUCUCGCAUUUUAGGUAAUCUGUGUUGAAGUAUUAGUAAUUCUGUGAAGGGAGAAUAUUAUUAUUUAAGUGAGAAAUCGGAAUUCUACAUUGUAAAAAUUGCAGAAUGUUGAAAACGUUGCGUACAAUAAAAC